CCUUCGAGAGCUCAAGCGUCCACUCCAAACACAAUGUCUAACAUCCCUCCCCCGCGAAGCUCUGGCUUUCCAUCGUUCUUCUUCCCACCACCACUCCCUCCGAAGGUAGUACCUCCACCCACACCGUCACGGCCACCUCGCCGCGCCCCGCCACCACCAAAGACGCCUCCACCUGCACCACCACUACCACCUCGCCGCACACCGCCGCCACCCUCACCUCCGAUGCUUGCACCGCCACCACCACGAAAGAUGGCCCCACCUCCACCAACGCCACCUUCUCCGGCUCCUAAACCGCCUCCUCGCCCCCAGCCACCGCCAAUUCCGCCACCAGUGAACCCACCAGCUCCACCAAUGCCACCUUCUCCGCCUCCUAAACCGCCUCCUCGCCCACCAGUUAUCCCACCAGCUCCACCAACGCCACCUUCUCCGGUUCCUAAACCGCCUCCUCGUCCCCUGCCACCACCAAUUUCACCACCACCACCACCACCCGUCACUCCACCGUCGCCUCCCUCACCAAUCCCCCAGCCCACCGUCAUCAUCAUUGUCUUCGCCUCGCUUGGCGGCCUGCUCUUCGUCGCAUUCCUUGCAGCAGCCCUCUGCUGUUUCCUCAAGAAGAAGAAGAAGAUGGCUCAAGAGACAGAAGUUGUGAACGUCGAGGACAACGUCCACGUCCACGAAACCAUAAUUCCAGGCCCCCAUGGCCAACAAGUGGUGGCCAUCGCGGUCGACGAAGAUAUCAAAGUUCAGGGAGUGAUGAAGAAGAAUGAAUUGGUUUGCGAAGCCUCAGGCACCAAGCUAGGGGUACAGCCACCUCAAACAAGCGAUGGAGAUGCUGCAGUGCCUACUGGCUCUAAGCAACACCACCUUCUUGAGCACAAGGGCUAGCAGGGAUACAUUUGUUGCUACUGCUUGUCCUGAGAGACGAUGUGGUUCUAAUAAGGAUCGGCCAUUCAGAUGUGUACAUGGAGCGUUUCUUUUUUUUAAAAAAAAAAAGUGUACCUGGAGAGUGUUUGUGGAGUGUUCUUGUAAUUUCUUCACUUCAUAAUAAUGUCUUUAUAAUUGUAUUCUAAUGGAAAGACUUUGAUUUAUC